AUGAAAAUUUUUGUACAAGCGGUCUUUAAAUGUCAAAGAUGUACUUUUAAUACUAAUACUAUUUUAAAUAUUGAAGAACAAAGACACGUAGAAACAAAUUAUAAUACGGAACUUUUAAAGGGCUUUUUAGAAAACAAUGAAAUGAAAGAAUUUUUAAAGCGUUUACAGCCCCAAUUUGAUUUUCUUACUGACGACGAUAUUACAAAUCCUCUAGUAAGUAAAAAUGUUAAAACAUUACUUUUUGAGAUAGAUAUAGUUAAUGGUUAUUUACAAUGCGAGGGCUGUAAACUUAUAUAUCCUAUUAGAGAUUCUAUAUUAGAUACAGUAGAUUGUAUUGAACAGUAA